UUGAAAGUGAAAGCAACUGAAGAGGUUUCAGACGUUUCAUGAUUGCGUUUUACUAUAUAUGUGUCACGGUGGUGAAGGGAAUGCAUAAAGCACAAUUCUACUGAUAGAAAAUAUAAUUUGACACAAAAAGGUUGUGAAGACAGAGGAAUGAUGGAAGAUCACGACUCUUGUCCAGUUUGCUUUGAGAAUUUCAUUAUGCCAAAACUGUUGCCCUGCAAGCAUACCUUUUGUCUUCGUUGUUUGAAGGACUACUGCGAUCAACAAAAGACUAUUUCAAAUGAAAAGUUAACUACCACAGAUAAAGAUUCGAACAAUGCAAUAGAUAAAGAUAAAAUCAUUUGUCCUCUUUGUCGAAACGUGUGCACUAUACCAAACAAAGGAUUUCAAGAUUUAUUUACAAAUUACUUUAUAAAAAUUUCAAAACCGUCUAAGAUUUGUGAAAUUUGUGUACAAGAAAAUAUUUCAACAUAUUGUACAACUUGCUUUAAGUAUAAGUGUAAGGUUUGUUUUCGUCAAUAUGAUCAUAGAAAAAAGACAAGUGGUAAAUCCGAGGUAACAGAGGAUGACCGACCUGAUCCUCGUCUUCCCUUUCAUCUAAUGUUCAUUGAUGGAAUCAGAACUGAAUAUAUUUGUGAACUGACGAAAACCUUUCAGUUAGAUGUUCCACCCAACGAUGAAGGAAAGCGUAUGGUAUAUUCUGUCAUUGCCUCAAGGAAAGGAGGGGCAUAUGUUCUCCCUCAGACAGUUCCCUUUGUUUUGAAGUUUGGAGCAAAUACGGAUUUACUAGCAAAAAUAAGGACACCUGAAACUUGCACAUGUAUAAUCGAACUUCAGAAUGGAGACCUGCUUGGAAUUUUCAUUGGUAGUCGUCUAAUACUGCGCUAUACUUGUGGUGGUUGGUCGCAUUUUGCUACAGCAUUGGAUUAUUUUCCCUUUGGACUCGCCGAGUUGUCUGAUAGUAAAAUUGUUGUAUGUGGUCCGAAUGCUAUACCUUCAGUUGGUAUCAAAGAAGACAAACUAUAUGGCAUUGUUAGAAUGUAUUCGGCGGAUGGUGAUGCACUUGGGGAAAUUGAGAAAAAAAACAAAGAAAACAGUUUUCUUUCACCUUCUUUGGCUGUGUCUAAUAGACGAAGCAAAACAUUCGCAAUUAGCGACCAGAAAAGAUUAUGUGUAACUAUAUACCACGAAAACGGAGACGAAUUAACAACUUAUAAUGGGGGGACAUCAAUGUUUAACUUACCGCUGAACCUUUUUGGAUUUCAAUCACAGGGAAUUUUUCAGCCAAUCGAAAUGUGUUGUAGUCAAGCCGGGAACUUCUUCAUAUCUUGUACAGACGGUACAUUGCACGUGUUGAAUCCAUAUGGUAAAAUCAAGGGUGUCGCCUUAGCCAACUGUGCCGACGGAUUUGGGACACUGACGGAUGUCGCCGUUGACAUAGAUGGAAACAUUUGGUGUAGUAAUUCUGAAUUAGGAACAAUUAAAUUAUUUCGAUUAGUGAGAUAUAAAAACCAUUUAAAAACAGGCUCUAUAUUGCCAUGAUUAUUGGGUCUUCUUUAUGGAAUUACACUUUGAUGUGUAUUUUAUGUACACAAAGCACUUUUGAGGAAAUAAGUUUGUACUUUUCACGAGACAUCCAACAUAUUGUAUUAUUAAGCGAUUUUUAACUUAGUCUUCAAGUUUUAACCAUUUCAAAAUGUGUCUUUUAUUUAUACCAACAAUAUUCAGAUGCAAUACAAAAAAAUGUGUUUCUUUUCUUUUUGUAGGCAUAUAAAAACGCCAAAUUCAUAAACUUGUUAGUGAACGAGAAACUAUCGUUUGGCAUGUACUUACAUUUACAAACAAUAUAUUUAUGAAUAUGUGCCUGGCUUUUGACCUUAAUGCAUUCCAAAUAAAUACAUGCCACUAGUUCAUACCAAUUUUUAUAUGGAUUGCUUCUUUUAGUUAUU